AGACAAGGAGCAUGAGAACCACUGGGUGGCGCAGGGAUACUUCAAGGUGCAUGUCGGUAGGAGGGAAUGUGGGAUGCCGCGAGAGUCCAGUGCUUCUUGGUAUGCUUCACAAACGCCCGGAAGCCCCCCAGUGAAGAAAAGGCGCGCUUGGAUCGAGAUCCUGCAAGAGCUGGGGCUGCUUGUUGGUGGCCGCAGAGAUGCGGCAAACGACUGGGUGGACGCCACGUGGGGCUGCAAGGAGGUGGUUCCGAGAGCGCGCACCCUGGAUCUCUGCCUUUCUCCAGCCACACAUGUGCAGGCCAGGCUGGACUACUCCGAGGUACUAGAGCUGAUAACGCGCGGAUGAGUUGAGCUCUAGGCCAUAGGCAAGAUAGAAGAAGGAAAGCAGCUAACAGUGUCUUAUACCAGCUUGUUCAAAGCCAGUGAAGAUUGGAGAAGCAGCUGGAAAAGCUGCACUCAUCUGACCACACAUGUGAGCAAUCAGAAAAGAUAUUAAAGCCCAAGCUCUUCUUGGUGGGAAAAGACAAAGCCAGGUUUAUAGUGAGAAUGGAGAGAAAAUCAGCAGAGCAGAAAGACGUGAAAAUGUACACUUUGGUGAUGAAAACAGUACAUUUAAACUAGACAUGUCAAAUGGAGACAAAGUGGCUGCAAUUGAUAAAGAAAUUGAUACCACUGUAAAGAAAAUACAAAGUUUUCACUGGGAUGGUAGGCAGCAAGGCUGGAGAGGCAAGGUCACCCAAACCCAUGAAAAUUCAUACGAUGCCACCAUGAGCCCUAGAUGCUGGAUGUAGAGCUGCAGAGUUUAAGCAACGAUACUGUAUGGUUUAUAAUUCCAUAAGUGAGAUUGGACCAAAACCAUUAUUUUCUGAUUCCUGCCAUGCCAUUUGUGAUGGACAAGAAAGAUCUGUACAUUUUACAGAUGAUUUUUGUCAAGUGUGUAGAGUGGUGCUACAAUCCGGAUCACAAAGGAUUUCACAUUAUGAGAGUAAAAUACAUGCUCAAAAUGUUAAGUUCUAUUUUCAAGUGUGUGGGAAUCAGAACAAAGUGCCUGGUAAGAAAGUGAACGUGCAUAUUGGUAGUUCUCAGGUACACAAGAGUGGAGAAGUGGACAAAAGCACAUUUAGUGAUCUUUGCAACAUGAGUUUUGACUCCCCAGCUGUUGCUCAGUCUUAUUAUGUGGGGAAGAGCCACACACGAAAACAGAAGGAGAUGCUGGAAGAAGGUGUUCAGGUGUCUCCAUCAAGGUGUCAGCCAAAGAUGGCAGAUAGACCUAACACUACUUCAACAGCGCCAACCUUCCUGAAAUCGGUUAUUGUGAAGCCUCCUCCAGCAUUCAGAAUGAGAACCUACAUAUGCCAAAUUUGCAGUAUCACCUUCACAUCUUUACAUAUGUUCCGGUCCCACAUGCAAGGAAGUGAACAUCAAAUUAAAGAAUCCCAUGUUAUCAGUCAAAUGAAAAAUUCAAAGAAUAUACAAGACUCUUACCAAGGUGAACAUGCAGAUUACAUCAAAGUGAAGAAAUCUAGAGCACUCGAGUCCAAGACUCAUUUUAGAAAGAUGGAAGAUAAUUAUUUGAAAGCUCAUGCAUACAGAGAAAUGGUUGAUUCCAGACCUAGACAUAAAAUGCUUGAACAAAAACCUCCACCUGAAAAUUUCUGGACAAACCAAGGACCAUACAAUAAUUCUCAAGAAGUAGAAGACCAGUUACCUCAUUGUUUAGCAGCUCAUUCAAAGACAUAUGACUCUUUCCAAGAUGAACUUGAAGAUUACAUUAAAGUGCAGAAAGCAAGAGGACUAGAUCCCAAUAUUUGUUUUAGAAGGAUGAGAGAAAAUUAUAGGUAUAAGGAGCAUAGGUAUAGAGAAAGGGUUGAUUCUGGAAACAGACAAAGAAUGUAUGAGCGAAGAUUUGAGCCAUUGCAGACCUACCAACAACAAUACAAUGGUUCACCAAAAGAUGACCAAUUACGUUCCUGGUUACCACCUCAUUCGAAGAGGGGAAAUGAAACUUUCCAAGAUGAAUUUGAGGAUUACAGAAAUGUUCAGGAAUCUAGAGAACUCAAGCCAAAGACUUCUUUCAGAAGAAUUGAUAGCUCAGUGGAAACCCAUAGGAACAGAGAAAUGAUUGAUACAAGAUCCAAACAUAGAAUGUUUGAGAAAAGAGUCCAAUUUGAGACUUUCCAGUCUUACACAGAUCCAUACAGUAGUUCACACGCAGUAGAAAAUGAGUUACCUCAUUGUUUACCAGCUUAUGAGAGCAAACAGAAACUAGAUUCUGAUAGCUACUAUCAAUUCACCAGAGAUUAUUUCUCAGAAAAACUGGUUCCUCUGAGCCUUAGUCAACAAGAAAAUAGCUCUGACUCACACAACGUAGAAUGUGAAGUUUAUAAGCACCUGUCCUCAAACGAUAAUACCCAUGGUCAUCACGCAAGUCAUAAACGGCGUCAUCAAAAGAGAAAACGACACCUAGAAGAAGACAAAGAAAGGCCAGAGAAGGAAGAGUCCAAGCAUAAAAGGAAAAAGAGUUCUCAGGAUAAAGAUUUAGACAAAGAAAAGAGCAUUCAAGAAAGUAAAAGAGAAGAGGAUAAAGUUAGAGUCAGUUCAGAAAAGAUAAAGCACCGAAAAAAGAAAAGAAAACACGAGGCAUCCUCUGAGAAGGAAGAACGUAAGCACAAAAAACAGAAAAAGAAAGCUGUGGAAGAAAGGACAGAAGAGGAAAUCCUUUGGGAUGAGUCAAUUCUUGGGUUUUGAACUUCCAGUUUACCCAGGAAUAAACUAAAGAAACAAUAUUGAUUUAGGUAAAGACACGAGUAACCAAUGAAGACAAGGAAGUGUUGAUGCAGUGUCAGUUCAGGAAAGCUUAACAUUUACUUUGCAAAAAUUGAAAUUGAACCAAAAGGAAAAACAAAUAUACAAAACAUCUAAAUGUAGUCUUUGCGAAAGUAUUUUGAAGUGAGUCUACUUGUGAAUUUUGAACUUUUGGUUUUAUUUACAAAGAGUGAAUUCAAGAAAUCAGUUGAGAAAGUGAA